GAAAUAAGAUCCUAUAAGGAAUACUAGAAAUAGAAACUACACAAUUCAUUUGACGCAUUCAGAGUAGAUUCAUUCGGGCUCUUGAUCAAUACAACCAAUUAAUGUGUUUAUAAUAGAUGUUAUAAUGGAAGACCAAUCUUGUACGUGGAGUGGUGUAUUCGACGAAAAAUCAAGGGUUAAUUUAGAAAGGGGCUUCAUAAUAACAGGAACGGUUUCUAUAUUGUUGGGAUCUUGGCUGACUUUGGCUUUAUUACUGACGAAUCUACGGGCAGAUUUAGGCUACCGUAAUUUUGCCUUUUUCACGGCUAUCGCCUGCGUUAGACGCGCCGUAUCUGUUUUGACCCAUCUUCCCCUUCUUAAUUACACUGAAAUAUCAGUCAACGAGAUUGAAAAAGAUUGCGAUUUUUACGGAUUCUGGGAUACAUUUUUUGGGGUCCUAGAAGUUGAAUGUCUCACUCAUGUAUGCAUUGAACGAUACGUAGUGGCAAAAUAUAAUAUAAAAGGAUGGCCAAUACAAAAGAAUCAUUAUAUUUUAUAUCCAUGUCUGUGCGUUCUUUUUGCACUUCUGUAUUCUUCGCCUCCUCUUUUUGGUUUGGGUAAAUACGGAUUGGAUUUCUCCUGCCAAUCCUGUGCUUUGGAUAUGAUUUUACCUUCAAAUUGGCAUAGAUGUGUUGUUUUAUCUAUAUUUGUACUUCGUAGCAUUAAAUCUACUGGAUUCAUGGUAUUUAUGUUAAUUUGGGCGCGUAAUUUAGAAGCAAAGUAUAAUGAUUCAGUCGAACUAGUAAAGGAAAUGCGGUUUACUGAAAGUGUAAUCAUCAUAACUAUCGUGAAUUUGAUAUGCUGGAUGCCUAUUGCUUUAAUACGGGGAUGGGUGGUGCUUUCGUAUUUGCUUUCUGAUGAAGUACAAGUAAAACCACGUGCAUCUGCUAUACAGUUUGCGAUAUGGAUUCACUGGGCGUCACCUGCUAUUACAGCAAUAGCAAUGUUUUUGGCCGAUGACCGAACACACAGGAAAAUGCUAAGUGUUUGGAAAUCUGACGACAUAAUUGAAGAAACUAAAAAGAAAGAGUAGCAUUUUUUCUUAUCACAAAAUAUGUUCUAGGCCAUUGCACUAAGGUAUGAUCGUUGGCCAGAUGUUAGAGUUCAUUAACCAUCCCUAACUACACAUAUAUUAUAUCCAACAAAGCCUAUAUUAUUAACUAUAGCUACCUACGGAAUGCAGUAAAUUUUGUUAUACAAACGGAAAUUAUUACUCAAGCAGAGUAGACAUAUACUUAAAAAAAUAUUUCUAUGGAGACAUUUGUUCUGAUGAUAAGAAAAUAACAAAAACACACAUAGUCGAUUGCUGCGGUAUCUUUAAUCAAGUCAUAUUAUUUACAUUGUUAGUGAUUAAUUCCACUUAUUGUGAUUAUGGGUUAUUUGGUUUAAUAUAAUUUUCUGUAAAAAAUUAUGCGUCUUUAAAGUCAGUCUGAUGUGAUUUAUAAAGUUGAAAAUUAUGUAGAUUGUAGAUAUUUACAGUUUUCGCACAAAAUCAAUAUAAAUGAUUUCAACAUUAGUACUAUGGCACAUAAUAUAGACGAAAGUAAUCAUGAUAAAGUUUGAUAAUGCUUUAUCAAAAUAUUAGAAAAAUAUUUACGAGAAGCAUUAUCAUAGGUUUUAAUUAAUGCAUUGAAAUAAUUAGAUAUUUGGACCACGAUUACAAUCUAACCACAGUUGGUCCACAAUAAGGCAUUUAAUAAUUAGAUAUAAUACAGUAAGUAAUUUUUAUAUACAGAUGUAUAAUAGUUUUUAUAAUACACAAUUAAGUAUUUGUAACAUUGUUAACUUUAUAUUGUAUAAAAGUGCAUAGAAUCAUAAUUAUAUUAUAUAUAGUACAAGGAUAGCAGGUAGAUAAAUAUUUUUUUAAUUAUUAUUACACUUAACAUAAGUAAACCAUUGUAACAUACAUACAUUUAAAAAUAAUUAUAAUAAAUGAUAUCAAGAAUUUAA